UGACACGCGAGUUAGGUUAUGUUCGACUUUGACGUUUGAUAAGUUUGAUUUGAAUGAAGCCGCCCAGUACAUCAAACCAUUCCGGGAACUGUGUCGACAAACUACAAAGGACUAUUUUUGCUGAAAACUCUUCGAUAACGCGAAGAAAUGCCACCGAAGAAAUUAAAGGAGAGUAUAACUUUUUUGGUGAACAUCGGAAAUGUCCGUCAUGGCACGCAGAGCAGCUCGCAGCUGUUGGAUAAGGAAAAGUUUAUUCUUAAACAUAUUAUUCAAAAAAAGAUAUUUCUACGUCCCAAGGAUGAGAUAGGAGUGAUACUAAUGGGCUCAGAUAGCAGCAGAAGCGACAGUAUUACAGGAUUGGACAACGUACGAGAACUGUGUCAUAUGCAGGUUGGAAACUGGGAUUUGAUAAAAAGCAUCGAGAAACUGGAAACCACAAAUCAGACUUCUUCAUGGAUGGAAGCAAUUUAUGCCGCGGUCGAAUAUAUCAAACACGAAUGCGUAGAGCAAUGUGAGAGGAAAAUAGUCUUGCUGUCUACUUUCAACGAGGAGGAGGAGACUGUUGACCAAUUUCAAGCAGAGGAUAUUGCGGAGAUAUUAAGUUCAGGAGAAAUCUCUCUUAUAGCAAUUGGAGAGAGAGCACUGGAUACUAUAGAUGAGGAUUCUCAAACAGCCAGUGAAAUGUUACUCAUGAACGUUCUGCAACAGAUUGGCGGUCAAUAUCUCACUUUUGAACAUGCUAUGACGGACGUACGCUUCUACAAACGGCCGUCGACUAGGCCGAAUCCGUGGUCCUGUCAAAUGACAUUAGGUGACUUCUGCAUACCAAUUCGCGGAAUUUCUAAAAUGCUGACUGAGGUAAAGUCACCAGAAAUGGUACUGAUGGCUAAGACGAGUACAUCUGACAUACCUGAUCAGGAAGUGCCAAUUAAGAAUGUCGCACAAUGGACGGACAAUAAUAGGACUAUUCACACAAAAGAGGAUAUUAUCCGUGGUUACGUCUAUGGUGGAAAGACCAUUCCUGUUUCAGAUGAAGCUAAGAAAUCCAUGACUCCCAAAGAUAAUGAGAAAUGUUAUAAAAUUCAUGGUUUUACUGCGAGAGAAAACGUUCCUAUGGAAUAUUGGUUGUCGGAUGGCACCUACGUAAUUGUACCCGCAAACGAGGUGGCUGCCGAACCGUUUUAUAGUCUGGUGCAGGCGAUGGUUGACAAAAAUGUUGUCGCGAUAGUGGAGAAGAUCUAUAGAGCAAACUCCGAAGCCAAUAUGAUGGCAUUAUUUCCAAGUGUUGAUGUACCGAAUGAACCAUGGUGUCUUGUUGAGAUCGGUUUGCCAUUUGAGCGAGAUUAUGGAGCAAUAGCUCAGAAACCGUUGAAAUUCGUGAUGAAACAACUGUCGAAGGAACAGGAUGACGCCAUGGAUGAUUUGUUAAUGUCCUUAGAAUUGCCUGAUGUUGCCGACGAUGACGCAACUGGCGGUAGUGAGAAAUAUUUACCGGGAUAUAUGCCGGAUCCUGGAACACAACACAUGUGGGAUAUAUUAGCGGCUCGCGCGCUUAAUCCGGACAAACCGUUGCCGCCUAUCGCCGACGAUGUGUUAAAUCUUCUAGAGCAACCCGAAUUCGUGAAAGAAAAAUGCAAACCAGUGGUGGAAAGGAUCAAAAACUUAUUCUUCUUGGAGAAAAAGAAGCCUCUUAGAAAGCGUCGGAUAUCGCGCUUUGCGACACGCGAAUCUCACGACCUGUUGACGUAUCACGCUGGAAAUGCUGGAAUCUCGGAGCUCGUCCGCUCCGCGGAAAACGAUCCUGGGGCCCGUCGGGGCCCUGGACCCUUCCUCGAAAGUGUGCAGCUCUCGCGUCACAAUCUCCGUGUAAAUUUAAGCGAGUUUCGUCACGGGAACAUUUACGUCUGCAGCCUGCUCGUCGCACUCGCUACGCUAUUCGUUGCGGUGCAAUGUGGUGACAUAAUGCGCAAGAGCAUCGUCUUCGACAAAAAUACGCCGGACGUGUUUUAUUGUCCGCAACACAAGCCGAUCGGUUUUGAGAAGAUGCUGGUCAAGGCGAGACCGCUCUCCAGGCUCUGUCAGUUCGAGGGCCGUCCGAUACCUGAAGAUUACAAGAGCGACUGUUACAACGAUGUGGACGAAACCGAGUACGCUUGCAAGGAGAAGUACAGAAUCAUGAUGAGGCUUCAUCCACCGGGAAGUAACACGCCUUAUAACGGGACACGCCUGUCCAAGUUUUUGGCCUUCGACAAAGAUUUGCCGUAUGCGCGAAAGAAGAAUCAAGUGUAGAGGAGAGCGGCUGCGUUCAAGGACGACCCAAGGAAGAGGGCCUUAUAUUAAUGCAGCUGAAAAUGUUCGCACGACGAACAUGUUAGUUAUGUUAUCAAUCUUAUAUGCUACUGCUAAAGACAGAGUCACUGAGUUCCUGUAAUCCAAUUAACGAGAAAUGCGUCCCAUUUUCGUACAAUCGAUCAGAUCGAACCAGCUACUGAUCGCUCAUUUAUGUUACCAUUUACUUGUGAUACUUGUGUUAAACGAUUUAACGUUCCUACUCGGCUUAACGCAAGUGCGAACUUCCUUCACGAAAUGCAGUGAAAUUGUUUUUGUAACAUAC